CGACGCACAAGGUACAAAGUCACUGGUGAAGCAGCCAGUCCAGCUUUGAGCUGCCCCGCUCUAUAAAUCGCACUUAAACCCACCCUGGCGGUGGACUGAGUCCAGGAAAACUGGAAGAAAAUUUGGGAUUUUAACGGGCAGAGAACCAUCAUAUUAAAUCGUCACACAGCGCUAGAUUUGCACGAGUGUUGGACAGCUGCAGCCGACUUCAACUUCUUUGUCAGGUUCCGUAAAUAAUGGUCAACAAACUUGGACCCGAUAUUUAACCUUCAACCGUCUUCCGUUGCUCUGGGCUCAUCUGCACAUUUGCAAGAUGAAUUCGUUUAUUCUGUCAACAUUAAGCGUGUUAUACACAGAAGUUCAGUAAAUGACUUUCUGAGCUGGCUUCUGUGCAUUGACACCAACAUGUCACUUACCAUAAAGCUAGUUGUUAGGAAAUUAGUUUCUAUCCGCACGUCCUGAUAUGGAAUUGUGAGUAAAAUUGGGACACGCCCGCAAGCAAUAAUAGGCUACCCAAGCUUUUUAGAAAUCCUGGCAACGUUGCAAUACUUCUCUGAUCCCCCUCCUGGGAUUGUGGUCUGUUCAAACAGAACUGUUGAGAAGACUUGUAGUGUGGCAAUCAAAAAGGACAACCUUUCGAACAGCUGCAACACCUCUGGCAACUAGAGUGAACCUUGUUUUCUGGAAGCGAUACUGUCUGGAGUUGAUGAAUGUCACUGUCCGUAUUGGUGUCCUCGCCAUAGCGGAUGUAAUAUUUGUUCCUCUUAAAAUUUACAGUAUUUCAGAGGGACUCCUUGGAAGGUGACCAACAUAAACUAUUCUUAACAACUUGAAGCGCGUUUUUGUACCCAGUGGCACAGUGGACACUUGGACAAGGUAUCAAUUUCCUUGUCCGGGGUUUAUGCAAGCCAAGAGUAGGCUAUGGCAUCUUCAUGGGAAAACUGGAUUUGGCUACUAUGGAGACGGACUUUAGUUCCCUCUCUCCUCGUGCUUUGGGUCACCUGUCUCGGGACACACGGAGGAGAGGAUGGAGCUUUUAAUGCAGAGUCAUGGCUGCGGAUGUAUGGCUACCUACCUCAGGCCAGCAGACAGAUGUCCACCAUGCGGUCAGCUCACACCCUUUCCAAUGCCGUCAGCGACAUGCAGCGUUUCUACGGCCUGCAGGUCACCGGCGCGAUGGACCACGGCACGGUGACAGCCAUGCAGAGGCCGCGCUGUGGAGUCCCAGACAAGUUUGGGGGUCAGAUCAAGACCAACGUUCGGCGGAAACGUUAUGCACUCACUGGCCACAAAUGGAACAAGAGCCACCUCACCUACAGUAUACAGAACUACACACCAAAGAUCGGGGAGUACAACUCGUAUGAGGCCAUCCGUAGGGCCUUCAAGGUGUGGCAGAAGGUGACCCCGCUGACCUUCGAUGAGAUCCCCUACCAGGAGAUCAAAUAUGGCCGCAGGAAGGAGCCUGACAUCAAUCUUUUUGCCUCGGGUUUCCACGGAGACAGCUCACCCUUCGAUGGCGAGGGCGGGUUCCUGGCCCACGCCUACUUCCCUGGUCCUGGUAUGGGCGGUGAUACUCACUUUGACUCUGAUGAGCCGUGGACCAUCGGCAAUGGGAACUUACAAGGUAAUGAUCUGUUCCUUGUUGCGGUACAUGAGCUGGGCCAUGCCCUGGGCCUGGAACACUCCAACAACCCAAUGGCCAUCAUGGCUCCUUUCUACCAGUGGAUGGAAACGGACGACUUUCAACUGCCCGAGGAUGACCUCAGAGGAAUACAACAGAUAUAUGGUCAGCCAGACGGUACACCCACCCAGGCUCUUCCCACUGUCACUCCUCGCCGGCCAGCCCAGCCAGACCCCAAACCCCCCAACUCUCCACCCAACUCUCCCCCCAAAUCUCCCCCUAACUCUCCCCCCAACGCCCCACCCCGGAAGCCAGACAAUCCCCACACGACUGACCGCCCGGACCACUAUGGCCCAAACAUCUGUGAAGGAAACUUCGACGCGGUCACCAUGCUCAGGGGAGAGAUGUUUGUGUUCAAGGGUCGCUGGUUCUGGAGGGUGCGGAGGAACAGGGUGCUGGACAACUACCCAAUGCCCAUUGGUCACUUCUGGAGGGGACUGCCUGGGGACAUCGAUGCAGCCUACGAGAGACACGAUGGGAAAUUUGUCUUCUUUAAAGGGAAUAAGUACUGGCUGUUCAGGGAGGCAAACCUGGAGCCUGGUUACCCCCAGGAGCUGACAGACUACGGCAGGGACAUCCCCUAUGACAAGAUAGAGACAGCCAUCUGGUGGGAACCAUCAGGUUUCACAUACUUCUUCAAAGGAGACUGGUACUGGCGCUUUAAUGAACAGUCCCGUGCAGUCGACAAGGACUACCCCAAGCCAAUCAGUGUGUGGGGCUCUGCGGUCCCGUCCUCUCCCAAGGGGGCUUUCCUCAGCGAUGAUGGAGCUUAUACAUAUUUCUACAAGGGAUCCAAAUACUGGAAGUUUGACAACCACAGGAUGAAGAGUGAGCCGGGCUACCCUAAAUCCAUCCUGAGGGACUUCAUGGGCUGCAGUGUGGACCUGGACCCAGACAGAGACGGGGACGCCGACGCAGGCCGCAAGGUCCCCGACGUGGAUCGCCCGCCCUUCAACCCUGAUGCAGGCCGGGACAAAGACAAGGAGAAGGACAAGGAGCGGGACAAGGAUCGAGACCGCACCAACGAUGUAGACUAUAAGGACGAGAGAGAAGAGAAGACCAACGAGGUGGACGUGGUGCUGAAGAUCGACGAGAGCGAGACGCGCACUAUGAACAUCAUCAUGGUGACAGUACCCCUGGUCCUGGUGCUGUGCAUCCUGGGACUGAUCUACGCCAUCAUCAACACACUGAAGAGGAAAGGAGCUCCCAAACUGCUGGUCCACUGCAAACGCUCCAUGCAGGACUGGGUGUGACCUCUGACCCACUUACUAACCCCCCCACCUGAAUCCUAUCCUCGUUCCUCCAUCUUCUCAUCCAAAACAUGGUAGUAGAGACAUAAGUGCAAAUACGUACACACAUAUGCAUACACACACUCACACACACAGCAAACAUAAACACAUACUCCUAACUCGUCCCCCUCCCAUGGUGCUCUCCCCAAUGAGUUGACUGUAGUCUAUUUAUAUCAGAACGUUUGCACAUUGUUUUUUGUUUUUGUUUGGUUCAUAUUGUGUGAGUCUCUUUUUUUUCUAAACCAGGAAGUGUCUGCAUUAUUCUCUCUCUCUCCGCCCCGUUACAGGGGGUUUCUCUGAGAAAACUUCCAUCUGGUUCUUGGAUUAACCUUUGAAAGGGAAACAGAGACAAAACAGAGCGAUAGAGAGAGACGGCAGCGCAGAAUGAAGGGAGUGAAGGAGGUUUGAUUCUGUGAAAAGCAGAGAGCCACCCCUUCCACUCCUCCUCCCAUCUCCUCCCUCACUCAGGACUCCUUCAGCUGAAGCAGGCCUACUGCAGGUCAGGUAUCAACAGGAGAGAGAACAGUGUAAACAGUGUCACUUUUUGAACUGCAACUCACCCAAUGCUUUUUAUCACUACACCUUCCAUGUUGAACAGCCACUAACUGAACUUUUGGUUUUCUCAUCUGUUUUUAAUUCAAGGGCACCAUGGAUGAUAUUGGAAAUGUUGUCCAUACUUUAUAGACAACUUUCACAAACGUUUGGGUUAUUCAACCAAACAUGGUCCCGUGGUGCCUCUUUCAUUUCGAACCUUGUUUCGGUCCUAUUAAACCGUGGCAAUGAGAGUUUGAGUUGUUAUGAUAGGGAAGGGUUGGAAAAGAAAGGCGCUUCUUUCCCAAAAAAUGUAAGACAAAGGCAAUUCACUGUGAAAUGACUUUGUGUGGGACUUGAGGGAGCAGUUGCGGUACUGAGGAAGGAGAGAGACGGGGUAUUGAAUGAAUAUCCACUGGGCAAAAUCUGGUUGAAUCAAUGUUGUUUCCACGUCAUUUCAAUGUGAUGAUGUUGAAUCAAUGUGGGAAACUGAUUGGAUUUGCAAAAAGUUAUCAACGUAAGGGAAUCUAAUUUUAAAAUUUUCCCACCAAACUUUUAACCUAAAUCCAAUCCAGCUAGCACAUUCUGAACGAAGCCAAACGAUUUUUAAACGUUCUGAGAAUGUAAGUGAACAUUUAGCCUGUUCUGGGAACGUUCAUUUUUAGGUUGCUGGGAGGAUGCGAGAACAUUUUACUAUGGUUCCCUGACAGUUUUCCUGUGAGGUUUUGUUCAUGUCCUGAGAAUGGAAAUUAUAGGUUAUUUGAAGGUAAUUAAAUAAACUUCUGGGAAUAAUACUUUUAAUACCACUGCUAGCUUAGGUUAACUGUUUUGAACUCCAAGCACAGAUAGGACACAUGUUAAUUCAUCUUCUUAUGAUUAGGAACUUAUGAUCUUCUGCUCUCUAUCCAUGGAAUUAGUCCAUUGAUGCUGAGAACGGAGUGUGUAUGUUUUUAAAUAACAUUCUUACAUUUACAUUUACAUUUAAGUCAUUUAGCAGACGCUCUUAUCCAGAGCGACUUACAAAUCUUAGAACGUUCUUUGAACGUUACCAAUGUUUUCUUGUGGUUUUUAUGGAACCUUUUCUUAAUGUUUCUGAGAACAUGACUUUAAAUAGAACCAUGAGAAAACCUGUAGAAAAAGUCCUUCAGAAGUACUGAAAUUCUCACAGAAGAACUUUAUUUCGUUUCGUUCUCUGAUCGUUCUGAGAACAUGGCUUUAAAUAGAACCAUGAGGAAACCUAUAGCUAAUGUUAUGAUGCAGUACUGAAAUUCCAACCUAAGAAACAUGGUUAUCAGAACGUUGUGUGCUAGCUGGGUACCCCGCACCAUUCCCAGAACAUUGUGAGAAGGUUUUAUGCAAAAAUAACCAUAGGACAACCACACUCUCACCAAGCUCUAAGAAACAUAUGGUUCUCAGAACAUUAUGUGCAAGCUGGGAAUGACAUGCUGAAAUGUUUUGUUGAUUUAAUGUUGAAUUGAAGUUAGUUGAUAACUCAACCAAAAUUAAAUCAAAACUAGAGUUUGAAAUAACGUCUGUGCAUAAGAGAUUGACUAAUGCUUUUAAUCUGAGAAAUAUUUGGAACAAAUGAUACUUCAGCCUCCACUGAAAUGUAUUAAUAAAUAUAAUUCAAGUAAUGUACCACACAAUGAGCCCUCUCUCUGUAAUACCCUCUCACCUAGAUUUAAAUAGAUUGGAGGGCCUCUCUCGCUCUCUCUCUCGCUGAGCUUGUUCUAGAGAGUUAGUCCUCUGAACAUACAGCUAAUCCUCUCAUUUAAAAACAGCAGGUGUUUUAAAAUAUUGUUCAACCCCAGCCUUGGGUCUUAAGCCUUCUCUGUACCAAAGCAGGCUUCUUUUAAUUUUCUGAGAGGUCCAAACAGAGAGACAGACUUUACCAGAGAGGGAGAAGGGGGACAAGAGAGGGCGUGAGAGGCUAGAGAUCUACUAAAAGAGUUCAAACACAGAAACCUUAUCUGUUAAGUAUUAGGGAAGGCUUACGGUCUGUUCCUGGAUUGUGUUACCCAGAUGUUGGUGAUUGUCGGAAGGGGUUGGGAAGGCUGCAGGGCAGGUUGAGUGAGAGACCAGAGGUCCCUUCCUACAGCUGAGUAGGGCAGUAGGAGGAGUGAGGGAGAGGAGCUCACUGGGGACCCUUAUUGGCACUGUGUCAUACUGUAUGACCCACAUUCACUAGCUCCAGAGAAGGAACUGUGGAGUCUAUUCUGAUACCAAAGGGAAAUAGUAGCAUGCAGUGUAUGUGACCUCUUUAUUUCUCACAUUGUUAUGUAUUCCCUAUGCUCUUCUCUUCGACCAUUAAGGCCCAUGUACAGUACACAUACGUCAAAUAGUUUUGCUAGCAGCCCUCUAAAGAUACUGAGAAAGGUGUUGCUGUAAAGUAGAGAUAGGUCAUUUUAUACUCAUAUACCUGACAGGUUUCGCUGUUUACCAUCUGUCAAACAGUAGUUGUGAUGAGCAUGUCUGUCUGAGGCAUUGACGGGGGUAGGGGGGGGGUGUAGAGAGGAUGCCGUGAGAUGCUCCCAUAAUACCACUGAGAUGGCGGAUGGCCAGUUAAAAGGGCUAUUAUAAAUAUUCUUGACAGCGGAGAGGAAUCACAGUCAUGAGACGUCCUGCGUGUGUCAGUGAUGGAUCCCGCUCGAUGGGGUUGCUAGGAGACCAACUCCGUCCCAUUGCCCUCUCAUUGUGCUGCGAGGUUGAGAGAGGAGUUAAUCAGAGGUAAAAGCCUUCCCUCUCUCUUCAACCCCCUGCCUCCCCCACCCGUCCCCAUCCACCCACCCAUCCUGUCCAAAUCAAUGGGAACUCACCAUCAGCAGGCCUAGAAGGUAUCUGGACACACUCAAAAAAUGCUCACUCAUUGUCUGAGACACAGUCCAUGCCUUACUGGCUCUCUUUAUCUGGGAUAGCUCGUAUCUUUGUGCCUGUGUGGAGUAGACUAUCUCUGCGAGAUCCAGGCCGUAGUGGCCUAUGUGGCUGUUUGUGUUCCUAGUAUGUCUAUCUCUUAGUGUGGAUUUAUUUUACAACUGUUUCCCGGUGUGUCUGAGACGUCUCCCCAAUAAGACACUGUAGUCCCCAACAAUGCCUGCCUAAGAACUAGCUCGAGCAGAUGCAACAGAAAUGUGGGAAAUUUCACAAAGGAUAUGCCUGCUUGAAGUAAACUAGAGCCUUUAAAAGAGCACUCUGGGAUUGGGUCCAAGACUGCUUAGUUUUGUUUAACAUUUCUUUCUUUCUCAUGCAAUGCAAAAUACAGCAAUGAAAAAUACAGUUAUGAAAUAUUAUGUCAGGGAAUGAUUGAGGUAUCAACACUCUGUGUGUAUGUGUUUUGUGUGAGUAUGUAUAUUUUUGAGUGCUAUUACUCUGUAUUCUCCUUAUAGCCUUAUAGUAAUAACUUCUUCCUCUCGCUCUGUUGAACACCACUCUACUCUUCUGUGCUGGUCUGGUCCUCUCUGAAGCCCGUCUAGGCCCGGCCUUGGCCCCAGGGGGACUGUAACAAUGGGCUCUCUCACAAAGUGCAGCAUUGUCCUCCAUGCUGUCAUUGCUCCAGCCCAGAAGGAAGGCAGGCUGAGCCCUAGGCCAGGAUCGGGAAGCUUCCUUUCUUUCUUUCUUUCUUUCUUUCUUCCUUCCUUCCUCCCACAAUCCCACUCUCUCCCAACCCCACAGCUCUGUCCUGGUCAGGGAGGGAGCAGAGCAGCCAAGGCAGUCUGAUGUUUUAUAUCCAAGAUAGAGAGGAACACAGCAGACUAUGUUCAUUCUAUAUAUUCCAUUAGUUGUUGUUUGUGGUCAGUGCAUUUCACAGGCAUCCUGUACAGUUGCUUCAUAUCAUGUCUCACAGUUAACCACUAGCUUGACAAAAUUGUUUUGUUAUUCAUUGCAAACAACAACCACACAGGAUGCCAAACUGAUCUUUAUAGGGAGAAAGAGAGAUAUGUUAGAAAGAGGACAUGGAAGACAUGUCAACAGAAAGGGGUUCAGUUUGAUCCUUGCUUUCAAUUUCUCAGUCCUCUGUUAGAUGUUUGUCAGAUCCAGAGGUUGGUGGGAAGAUGAUCGAUGCGCUUUGACUUGAGUCUCGAUGCCUCAGCUCCAGACACACUCAGUGGGUGUGCAUCCCUAUCCCAGAGCACAUCUCACCUUACUCACUCAGCUGAGCCUGAUCAACUGAAACCACAUGCUAUUAACUCUCAACUGACAUACGGUAGACUGCUCCUCCCAGAUCCUUGGAAAACCAGGCAACUAAAAGCCUACCAGGCUAUGGCAUCGCAGCGUUACAUCUCGCAAAUGUUUUAAAAACGUUACAGAAAUGUUGUGUGAAAGUUACUACCCGGGCAAUGCUUCAGUGAGUUCGUUUUUUUUUUCAAACCUCACCACACCUAUUAACAUUGAUGGGAUGAAAGUAAAAAGUUAAUUUGUCUGUAUGAUUAUCAUGAUUAUUUGUAAUAUUAAUUUAGAAUUUUUCUUUGAACUCCGUAUGAUUCUUUUUGUACUUUGAAUAACAUUCCGUAUGUGUUUUUAUUUUAUUUUGCUGUAGAAAGUGAAGAUUUUAUACAUUUGUGUUGUGUGUUCACCUCUUGUUGAGUGUGUUGACUAUCCAUGCUGGACAUGUACACAAUAAAAUGCUCUAAAAACAAAGAA